AUGGCGGCCCCCGGCGGGCUGGGCCGCUGCGUCGCCGCCUUCUGGCUGGCGCUGGCCUUCGACGCGCUGGGGCUGGCGGUGCUGCUGGCGGGGGUGUUCGCCGACGUCUUCUUCUCCGACCUGCUCAUCUACGGGGGCGGCAUCGGCAUCUUCCUGAGCCUCAUCUGGUGGGUGUUCUGGUACGCGGGCAACCUGGAGGUGCCGCCGGAGGAGCUGCGCGACGACGUGGGGCUGGCGCCGCCCAAGGGCAGCCUGCUGCGCGGGCUGGUGCAGGGGCUCAGCCUCCGCCUCUCCUCCGCCUUCGCCAGGCCGCGCUCCCGCGCAGCCGCCGCCGACGUGGAGCUGCAGCCGGCCGCCGCCGCCCGCCCCGCCGCCGCCGCCAGGAUCUGCUGAAGACACACUCAUUGAAGUUACUGCCUCUAAAAGUGGGGGAAGUGUUGCAAACUGUGGAAAGAGAAUGGCCCACUUAAUGCAAUAGGAUUCUUUCAUUACGGAAUAAUCUCUGCAACCGUCAUGGACUCUGUAUAAAAUGGACACACACAGAGACAUGUAUCUCUGCCAAAUGUACCUAUUUCAGUGUUGGACUGGGUGGUUUUUAUCUUUCAACAUUUCAAAACAUAAACUAAAACUUAAGUGAGAACUAACAAAGAAGCAAACUCGAUUCACAGAAAAGAAUCAUCAGAACAUUUAAUAUAGAAAUACCUCUUUUAUAGACACGUGUACCUAGGAAUGUUUGGAUGAAAAAGCUCUUGCACAAUUAAAAGCUCUUGCACUGUCUUACCAAGGUCUGGAAUCUAAAUUUGCUGUGAACUUUUAUGGUGUCAGUGCAAUACUUUUAUUUGUAGAUACUUUAAAAGUAUCUAUGUGAAACUAC